GACAGUUCAUAAUUCUCCAAAUUCAUCGCUGACGUUUAGGAAAUACAACAAUUAAAAAAAAUUUCAAUUUUAGCAAUUCAUUACUAGUUUCAUCUUGCUGAUUUUUUUUUGAGUUAAUAAUGUCUGCUGAAAUAGUGAGCAUUGAAAAUUUCUACAAAGAACUUAAAUCCGAGUGGAUAAAAAAACCAAGGAAUUUGAAAAAAUGUGGGCAGAUUCUUGAUAAGUUAAAGAUUGCACUUACGAAACUCUCUUAUUUGCCAACUGGUGAUCUGAAGUCUUCAAAACAUGAAUUAAUUUUAGCUCGUGACGUGCUUGAAAUUGCCGUAGAAUAUAGUGUCGCCAACAAAGACAUACCAGCUUUUGAACGUUAUAUGUCCCAAUUAAAAUGUUACUACUAUGAUUACAAACAAGAGAUCGGCGAAUCAGAGAAUAUGUACAAAUUACUAGGAUUAAAUUUAUUGUAUUUAUUAUCAGUAAUUCGCGUCUCUGAAUUUCAUACCGAAUUAGAGUUAUUGUCAGCUGAAGUUAUUCAAAAAAACCAAUAUAUACGUCCAAUAUUGGCACUUGAGCAGUAUAUAAUGGAAGGCAGAUACAAUAAAAUAUUCCAAGCCAAGAAUUCUGCGCCAUCUGAAAUAUAUAAUUAUUUUAUGGAUACGUUACUGGAUACUGUACGAGACGAAAUCGGAGCUUGUAUUGAAAAGUCAUACGAAAAGAUUUCACCGAAGGAAGCUGCAAGGCGUCUUAAUUUAAAAUCUGUUGAUGAAGUAAGAGCAAUUGGUCAAAAACGGAAUUGGCUUUUAAGUUCUGAUGGCAUUUAUAAUUUCAUUGAUAAAACUGCAAAGCCUAAAGAAAUCUUACCAACAAUUGAGUUAGCAGAGCAAGCUAUAUUUUAUGCUAGAGAGCUAGAAAUGAUUGUUUGAGAACUUUUAUACAAUAACAAAUACAAAAUAUA